AUGCAUACAAAUUGGAAUCCGUAUUCUGCAUGUACAUUGCAACUUUUGUGUCAACAUUGUCAACCCAAUGAUGUUGGCAACAGCAGCUUGCAAAUCUGGGAGCUUGGUCGCUUGGUUCAUCUCCAGGAGUCGCUGAGACCCAUCAAGGACCAGCUGGCUGACGCAGUUUCCAGUUGUCUGGACGCAGCCCUUUGUGAGGACGCGCCCGCCUUUAACAAUCUUCUGAAAGCUGCAAGCUUUGGGCGACACUUUUUGACGGAGACCCCUGGAUGCCCUGACAGACAUCGCGAGGUCUGCCGAAGCCUUCGGAUUUGUCGGGAGCUCCGGAAGGCGCCCAUCGAGAUUCCCAUCACCCCCGCGCAGCUGGAAAAGUUGGGCAUGGCAGGUUUGAGCCAGAGACUGGCACAGCGGCACUACCACCUGUUGGCCAUGCGGAUCUGCGAGUGGGUUGGCCAUUCCUCCGACAAGGUGCUCUUCCACUGGGCCUGCGAGAAGAUUCGCGCGGCCCGGGGAUCGGCCCAGACGGAUGAGCAGCUCUGCCAGACGAUCCUGGAGAAGUUUCAGCGCUGUCCGGGGAUCGGUUUUGCAGAUGUGGCCCGGGUAGCGGCUGAGAUGUACAGACCACAUCUGGCCACCGUGCUGUUGAAUCAUGAGCCUCGAAGCCAUGCACAAGUACAGGUCUUGGUGCAGCUGAGCAGAGAAGGGGAUGAGAAGGAUCGGGAAAUCAUGCUACGGCUGGCCUUGGACAAAGCGGCACGCAGUUGGGAUCCAGAUCUCAUGAAUUCGGCCAUCUCAGCUGCUUGUAUGGGUGACCCCUGUGAGAGAGGAUCUGACAUCCAGAGCUGUGCUCGGCUCAUCAAAGAGAAACUCUAUGAGUUGCAAGUGGUAGGUGACAUGGUCACCAAGCAGCUCCUGGCCCGGGAGCAGUUCGACCGCGCGCGAAUGCUGAACGAUCUCCUGGACCGGAAGCGCCCGGCCGCUUUCGCGGCGUUGCACCGGGUCUUCCGGCAGCAGAACUACGACGAAAGGACCAAACUGCUGAGAUUCUCCAAGGAUUUGUUUGGCAUCAAUGAUCCCUCAGCCACAGAUUCCGAGAAAUCUUCCAUGCAAUUCAUGGCCCAGGCCUGUGUUGAGGAGAUGGAUCUGCUGGCAGCUCAACUCACCUUGGAGGAAAAGGCCAAUGCCAAGAGCUGGGGUCGUUCUUUUGGUUCAACACCUCAGCGUUUCUUGGGUCUACCCCUUGUGACGACCCUGGUGAAGUUGCUGGAACUGGGCGAGGUCCGUGAGGCCAACGAGCUGCGCACGCGGAUGAAGGUCUCGGACAAGCGCUACUGGCGCAUCAAGAUCCGCGGCCUGGCGGCGGCGGGGAGCUUUGAGGAGCUGAACGCCUUUGCCAUUGUGACGUCACCCAUUGGCUACGAACCUUUUGUUGAGACCUUCCUGAAAUAUGGCCGUCAAGACUUUGCUUUGGCGCUGGUCCCCAAGGUGAAGAGCUCUGAACAGCAAGCACAGUACUACCAACAGAUGGGUUUGCACGAUCAGGCUCAGCGUGCCCGCAGCCAAGGGCAAGAACGCUCUGGCGCUGGCAGGUUGUUGAACAUUUUGGGCGUUGAUCCUGUUGGCACAUGUUGCAGCACUGCAUGGCGAGAUGCGGCUGGAACCCCUGUGAUGCCGUGGGGCCUCCAUGGGGCCUUCUGCUUCCCAAGCUUGUCGCUGUAUGUGACCUGUUGCCCCAACCUCGAAGUUACCACUCCGCAACUCGCAGGAUGUCCCCUGGAGUUUCAAGAUACGAAGUGUUGCACUGAAGAUGCCACAGCCACAUUCCUGAGCCUUGCAGAUGUAGCACCAGAGCACGAGGAUCAUAAAGAAACCAUGAAUUUGUUGUGGUACUUCCUGCGUGACAUUGAUUUGUUGAGCCUGGAUGCUUGGAGACUUUUGGUGAAAGGCACCGCCCAAGCAGCAAAUUUCAGGAUGUUUGAGUUCAAGAGUGGCCUAAAGAUAUUGGAUGUCAGCAUCGGGGCAGCCGCCAUCAAGUUGAGUCGUUUAAUGGUGAAGACCAUGCAUCGAAUCGAAGGAUUUCAGCAGUUCUGCUUGUGGCACAUUGCCACCGCUACUGGAAGAAUGGUGACUGAAGUUGCAGUUGAGUCUUGUGAAAUGUCGGAGCUGCUUUUCCAAUACAAAGCUGCUGCUGCCAAUCAUGACUUCUUGAUGUACUCCUUGAUUCCGCGGGUGCAGUUGGAGGUCGGCUCUAGCCUUAAAGAGGCGAGUCCUCACCCAGAGCACCCCACGGUGGCUUUGCAGGUGGUUUGCGUCGGGCCAUGGGCGCAGCACGCCUUGGUAACCCUUCAGAGUUUGCUGCGGCAUCGCUCCAGCCAUGCCAGGCUCAGGAUCUUUGUUUUGUCGGACGCCGUGGGCUGGGAAGAUUGGACAGAGGCUUGGGAGGCCCUUGGCUAUGCGGAUGGCGUUGAUGGCCAAAAUAAUUGGGGCAAAGCUGAGAAAACUGAGAUCUCACUGCAGGGCGUGUCGUUUGAGCGCAUUGAUUUUGCACACCUGGAGAGCUUUCAGAGGUACAUGAAGCGGUACCCCUCGAAUUGCAAUUUUCAGCACGGCAUCGAGCUAGCGAUGCUGGCGCGAGCGCUGUGCCACGAGCUGCUUCCACAAGACGUGGAUUGGGUUAUUUCGAUGGAUGUGGGCGAUGUUUUAGUCCUGGAGGACAUUGUGGAGCUAUGGAAGCUCCGGCCGGAGCUGGAGCAGCACUUCCUGGCCGUGUCCUAUGCCUGGGCCCUGGGACAACACCUCAAUGCUGGCCUCGUGCUGUACAACCUGCGCCGCAUGCGGCAGGGAAACUUCACAGAACUCACCUUGCGGGCGGCUGUUUGGGAAGUGGAGAGGGGGGAUGGAAUAUGCCCGCGGGAUCAAAAUUUUCUGAACAUGCUGCAUGAUGAAGACUUUUUGGGCAGCUUGCGCAGCUUGGGCAGCUUGGAGGAUGGGAAGAUCAUGAGGAUUUUGCCCUGCCGCUGGUCAUUGUUCCCUGCAGUGGAUUGGCACCCAGCCUGGUCCAAGCCUGACCUUUGGCAUCCGGAACUCUUCCAGCGCAUCCGCUAUCCGGGCCUGGUGUCCUCGACGCAGGUGGAGCUGUACUGCCCAGAUCCAGUGGAUCUUCUAAUGGCUUUCGCGUUUCUUCCCAUCUCGGGAUCUCGCCAGGGCCGUGUCCGCCUCUAUGCUGAGCAGGAAGGUGGUGGCCAUUUGCGGCACUGCCAUCCGAGUCGAAUUGGGCAGCCCUGCUGCGCCUGUGGUGAAGCUGCCGCGUUGGUGCACGUCGCUGGGGAUCUGAAGAGAUGGCCUGCCAUGCAGAACUUCCUGGGCCGCGAGGACACCGAAGGCAGAAGCAGGGCCAGCGAACAGUGGUGGGGAGGUGAUUUCAGGCAACAGAAGUUGAAAAAACAAAGCGAGGAGAAGAUGUUUCUAAUGGCCAAGGACCAGGGUUUGGAGCUUCUGGUCCCAGUGGGCUCCUCUUGGUGCCGCACCCUGCGCACUGAAGCGGGGGCACGCUAUCGUGCCAGUGGCUUGGGGCAACUUCGAGGUGAAGAACUGGAGGUCCAAACCACGGCUCGGGAGUUCCGUGUGCUGAUCAGCAGUUCCAACCGUUCCCUUGAAAUUUCCAUGGAGGCACAGCAUGUAGUGCUCUUGGAGCUUGGAGCUGGUGGAGCCGGUGGAGCUGUGCUGCAACAUGCUUGCUUUGAACGGCGGUGGAUCUCCUUAAGGCUGGGGUUUGGAAGCCAACCGCAGCUGGAGCUGUGUGGAGACAAGAUGGCCCUGCCGGCCAUGCUUGGAGGCUUUUCCCUGCAGAUUGCCAGCGAACAGGAGGCUCCCUGGGCAAUUUGUGUGACAUAGAACAGGGAAGUCAGGAUGGAACAUGUGGAUUACGGCGAGGUACUGCGUGCUAACAACACAAAAAGUGAACUUGAUGCUAAGACUUGCGGCAGUGAAGCUGGUCCUGUACACACUACGUCACUACUCUGCUUUGAGGAUGAGGUUCCUCGGCCCUAAAUUUGACGAUGACGAUGGAUGACCCACAAGAAAAAUAGAGAUUUUGAAUCUGAGUCUGAAGCGUGGAGAGGAAGCCCUGCGGUUUGAGGGGUCAAAGAUGCAAAGUUGAAUCUCUGGCCACUUGCAGUCAAGGCUCCAAAGUUCGACAGAAACCUCAACACAACCUCUUGAUGACCUGAAGCGAAUUAAACAAUGAAAGGUUCAAAGCAACCUAUGACUUCCAUCUACAGGCAAAGCCUGAGAGAGCAAAAGGACCUGCUUCAAUUGCAUUGUGC